UGACUUCGAUGCGUGGCAGCCAUGAGUAUUCGUAUCUUCUGCAACCUCAACCGGAGACUCAUCGAGUUCAAAGUACAAUUUUACUGGCUAUAAAUAUAACGUAGAGGGUUCCAUUUCGGAACACAGUGUUCUAGGGAUAAAGUCCACUCUUGUAGUCGUCAAUGACCGACAAGCUUGUAAAUGGUGUGAAGCAGGCCGAGAGCUCGAGCAAAAGCGACGAUGCUGACAACGGGGCCUGCUUGAUUUGUGGUGACAAGGCUACAGGGAAGCACUAUGGAGCGUCGAGUUGUGAUGGAUGCAAAGGUUUCUUCCGACGGAGCGUGAGAAAGAAUCAUGUGUACGCCUGUCGCUUUCAAAGAGCUUGUGUGAUCAACAAGGACAAGCGAAAUCAGUGUCGCUACUGUCGGUUGAGAAAAUGUUUUCGGGCUGGCAUGAAGAAAGAAGCUGUUCAAAAUGAGAGGGACACCAUUUCAAAAAGGCCGCGUGGGGAAGAAGCAGACAGCAAAUUUGGGCUCACUACAGAUGUGUUGUUGUCAGCCGAGAUUUUGUCACGUCCUGCAACUUCACCUCCAGUUUUAUCUUUAAUAGUAGAAACCCUAAGCAUGGAUAAGGAGGCAAACUACAGUGACAUCUGUGAGUCAAUGCGUCAACAACUCUUGGUCUUGGUGGAAUGGGCGAAACACAUACCAGCCUUUUGUGAACUGAUGCUUGAUGAUCAAGUGGCCUUAUUAAGGGCGCACGCCUCUGAACACUUAAUAUUGGGUGUCUCGCGACGGUCUAUGAGCCUAAAGGAUGUUUUGUUACUUGGAAAUGACCUUGUCAUUCCAAGAACAGCAGCAGAUGCUGAGGUGCGGAGAAUAUCAACUCGUGUACUGGAUGAAGUGGUUGAGCCUAUGAAAGAGUGGAAUGUUGAUGAUACAGAACAUGCUUGCCUCAAGGCUAUCGUCUUCUUCAAUCCUGAUGCCAAGGGACUAAGUGAUUCUCAGAAAAUCAAAUCUUUGAGGUUUGAAGUCCAAACUAUGCUUGAGGACUACAUUGCUAAAGAUCAGUAUGACAGCCGUGGAAAGUUUGGAGAACUGCUUCUUAUGUUGCCAACUAUGCAGAGUAUAGCGAAAGAAAUGAUUGAUCAAGUUCAGUUUGCCAGACUGUUUGGUAUGGUGAAGGUCGACAGCCUUCUUUCAGAAAUGCUACUUGGAGGCACCAACAUUGCUGAACAACUGGAUGCAGCAAGCAUUGUUCCCAUGGCAUCACCCCCACCUCCACCUGCUGUUCCGACACCUCAGUCCCCAGUUACCCCUCUUCCUCCAAACCGCCCUGACUUAUUCAUGAAUGUCCCAGGUCCAAGUGUGGGGGGUCCAAUGCAAUCAGUACCAAUGGUCCAAGACCGGAAAUAUGUACCUGGACCUUCGACAGCACUUCCAGGUGGUGUUGUCCCAAAGACAGAGAGAUUUGACACGUGACAGUUGAGAUGGCAUGGAAUUGUGUCUGGAGGCUUAACUCACACAUACAGACUUAACAAUACAAGUGAUAGUAAGUCCUGUGUCCAGCUCUGGGUUGCUGCAUCAAGAUUGCCUGUCAAGCAAGCCCCAUUUCUCAUUCAAACUUGUCUUGAGUUCACUGUUCACUAGAGUUUUAUCAGUACCAACCUCACAUUAGGGGUGAAUAUUUAAUUGAUGUAGUCCAAAACAAGAUUUUGUUUAACGUACCUGUUUUUAAUAGUUACCCUGUGGAAUAACAUAUGCAGCUUGUAAGUGACACUGCCAGCAGGGUUUAAGAGGAGAUGGUAAAUGUUGUUAAGUUAAAGUAGCAGCAAAUUCAGGAAUUGGCAAAUUUGUCUGUAAAUUAAUUAAUGUAUUGUACAGUGUGUGAAAUAGUUAUUUAAAUUGACUAAUACAAAUAUUAGUAUGUUUUGUUGACUUAGGAGUAAAAGAGAGAAAUGAGGGAGGUACUUAAUUUGGUUUGUUAGAGAGGGCAUACGAGAGUAUCCACACACACAUAACUAUGGUUUUGACUGGCCAUGGAAGCCCUGGAAAAUCACUAAACAAGGAUAAGUUUUAGAAAGAGUCAUUUACAAUGACUUCUGCAUGCGAUCAAAACUGUGGCUUUUACCACCAUGUUAGAUCAUGUUAGAAUAUCUUUUUCCAUAUUCUGACAUGCAUGCCAUAGUAUUAGUAUUAAGAUGUUGACAAGGCUAUUUCCAGUGAUUCAAAAACAAUUUUUAACAUACAGUAGGUGGUUAUAAACCACAAUCUCGCUGGCUAAUAAAAAGUACCAUUAUUUUUGUAUGUAGUUAGUUCAAAAAAGAGGGUAAUUUUAAAAUGACUCAUUGUGUACAUUGUUUGAGGCCAGCUGCAACUUGAUCUGGGGUUGUAAGGUGUAUUUAUUUUUCUUUCUACUAGAAGCUGGGUUGACUUUCAUAGAGAGCUUCUUUAAGCUGAUUGCACAUUUCAAAUUGUUGAUAUAAAUUUGUUCCUGUUUGUUUGGUAUUAUCCAGCUCAGUACAGAAUCAUAGAAUUUUUUCAAGUGCACCCCAAUAAUUCUGUCCCCCAAAAAAGUUUGACAUUGCUCAUAAGAAUUUACAAUGUAAAAAUUGCAAAUCUGCCUAGUAAGGUUUGAACAUUUCACAAAAAGCUACAGCAUGAUUUCCAAUUUCCAUACCCAUAUCCCAUUUCAUGACAGAGCUGUAGUUAACUAGAAGUCCUAUAAGCAGUUGGUUCCCAAACAUGUGCCCAAGUUGAAACCACCUGAUUAUCUUUCUGACCUUAGGUUAGUGAUCUCCGUUUUCCAUUUUCCAUUUGUGUCCCCUACUUUGUUUACUAAUGGAACUGGAACAUGUUGUCUUAAAAACUAUUGAUAUCCUUUUUUAGUAUAAGAAGGAAUGAUCAUUGUAACUGACUAGAUCAUCACAAGCAUUAGUCUUUGUAGCCCUUCACUGUUCUGAAGAUUUACUUUCAUUAGGGUUAAGUAGUUACAGAGCUAGGUCUAGCUUAUUUAGGGGUAUUUUACAUGUUCUCUACAUAUUUUGUAUAUAGAAAAUAACAAUAAAUGAAACUUAUUUUGGA